GCACCCAGCUGGCGGAGCAGGGCCGCUUCGUCGAGGCCGCUGAGGCUUUCGCCGCGGCCGCAGCGGCAGAAGCGACGCCAGAGGCGUUUGAGGCGCUGGCGCAGUGCGAACUCAUGUCGGACUCCGUGGCCGCCGGCCAUCGCGCGGUGACGGCAGCGAGGCAGGCAGUGCGCUUAUCUCCUGGUGAAACUUUGACGCUGGAGGAUGCCACAUUGACGCUGGCGCGUGCCUUGAGAACCACCUUGGAUAUUCCUGGGGCCAUCGCGGCCUAUCAGCAGCUUCCAGCGGAGCUGCUGAGAACCUCCGUCGCAGCGGAGCUGGCGGAGGCUGAAGCGCAGCUGCCGCGGCAUCGGCGGCGCCUGAAGCGCUGCCCGCAGCGGGCCCAGACCUGGGAAGAACGGCUGUUGCGGGUGAUCAAUGGGGCCAAGAGAAUUCGAAGGCCUCACUGGACUUUGGAGCAGUGGAGCUACCAGCAAUUUGCGGCGUUGGAUCUCUCCAAGAUCUUCCAGUCUGUGCGCGGCAACAUCUCCCGCACCGGCAACGCCUCUCCUUCGACGCCGGCGGUGCUCUGCGGGGCGAUGGCGGACUGGCCAGCCAUGAAGCUGUGGACGUUGCCGGCCUUUGCAGAGGAUUUUGGACACCAGAAGAUCAUUUGCGAUCAUCGCUUUGGCAUCCGGCUUCGGAUGAAUGAUUUCAUCGAUUAUUUGAAGAAGCAGGAAGACGAUUCCCCGCUCUAUUUGUUCGACCAUUGCUUUGGGGAGUACCCUUCCACCAGAGCAUUGCUGAAGCACUACAGUGUGCCACCCGUCUUUGGCCAGGACCUCUUGGAGCUGCUGGGGCCGCUACGACCGCCCUAUCGAUGGCUGCUGAUUGGUCCACGCCGCUCGGGGAGCACCUUACACAAGGAUCCACUUGGAACCAGUGCCUGGAAUGCUUUGAUCUCGGGCCGCAAAUUGUGGGUGCUCUUUCCGCCCGGCACGCCUGCGGAGAAGUUAAGGCCGGAGGUGGCAGCCGACUCCGCGGCGGCCUGGUUUCUGCUUUGGUGGCGCCGAAAACGAGAGGAGUGGCCGUUGGAAGCCAUUGAGUUCAUUCAGGAGCCUGGUGAGAUUGUGUUUGUUCCUGCUCGCUGGUGGCAUGCGGUACUGAACUUGGAGGACACCAUUGCGGUGACCCAGAAUUUCUGCAACGAGUGGAAUGCUGCUGCGGUUUGGCGAUGUGCAAAGGCCACGCAUCCCAUCCUGGCCCGUCAGCUGUGCUCCAUCUUCGAUUCUGAAGGGAUCCAGCUGGAUGCACAUCCAGUGGAAGGGGAUGACCCCAGCCAGUCCUACCUGUUCGAUCUGCCAGCGAGUGAACCUCCUGAGCCCGACAAAACCGAAAAUCCACAGGACUCUUCAGACGAUGAGUAUCUCACAUGGCUUUCGGUGAAGCGGCAAAAAUGGACGUGCAUCACACACACACACAAGCCUUACAGCGGUCAUUUGGUGAACAAUGGUGUCACCUGGGGCAUCACUGACACCAUCCUGAAAUGGGACGGACUAGGGCCGCCACCCCCGGAGCUUUCCCUGCGGCCACCCGGGCCACCAGAACCCAAACCAGAGGAACAGCAACGAAGAAAGAAAUUUGCUGAACAGGCGGAAGAGCACGGCAAGGAGAAGAUGAGCCUGUACGGCUCAUCUGCGCUGGACAAGGUGAAAUCCAGAGCCGACAUUUUGGCCACCUUGGGCUUCGAUGAUCAGCACAUCUACGGCGUGGAUGGCUUGGUGCGAUGGUUUUGGGUUUGGGCUGUGGCAGGAUUCGGAGUGUGGGGUCGUUACUUCCAUCCACUUCGAAGAGGAUGGAAUGAGGAUUUUGAAGCCAAUCCCGUCAUCCCGUUUUGGCUCAGCGGCGGUAGACGGUGUGCAACGGCCCAGCUCACCCGCUCCGAGACGGGCGCCAUGGAUGAGACGGUCUUGGUGACCUUAGCGCGUGUGGCGGAGCGCGCCGAACGCUACGAUGAGAUGGCGGAUUUCAUGAAGCAACGCGUUCAGGUAGGUUCUGCGCUGAAUCCAGAGGAGCGCGACAUGUUCUCCGCCGCCUUCAAGAACUCCUUGACAGAGCGGCGUCACGCCGUGCGUGUGGCGGCCGGCGUGGAGCAGAUGGAGCUCUCCGAGGGACGAGAAGCAUAUGCCUCGUUGGCCGGAGGUUAUCGAUCCAAGAUGGAGGCG